AUGCUUGGUGCAAUAGUAAUAGAUAAUGGUACAGGUACAUGUAAAUCAGGCUUUAGUGGUGAAGAUACACCUCGAGCUAUUUUUCCAGCUAUUGUCGGUCGACCAAAACAUCAAAAUAUAAUGCUUGGUAUGAAUUAUAAAGAUUUAUAUGUUGGUGAAGAAGCUCAAGGUCGUCGUGGUAUACUUUCACUUCAAUAUCCAAUUGAACAUGGUAUUAUAAUGAAUUGGGAUGAUAUGGAAAAAAUUUGGCAUCAUAUAUUUUAUAAUGAAUUACAUGUUCAACCAGAAGAACAUCCAUGUUUAAUAACUGAAGCACCACUUAAUCCAAAAAUAAAUCGAGAAAAAAUAACACAAAUUAUGUUUGAAAAUUUUAAUAUACCAGCUAUUUAUAUUGCUAUUCAAGCUAUUCUUUCACUUUAUUCUUCAGGUCGAACAACGGGUAUUAUUAAUUAUUGUCUACUAAUAAUUUAA